GCACUGCAGUUUCACAGGAUUGAUAAAGAAUGUAGUUCCUCAGCAGACCUACAAUUUAGACUGCUUUUCUACUACAAAACCUGGUUUACUAUGCAGUUUACCCAGAACCUAAACAUUAGAGUCAUCCAAAGAGCUGGGAAUCUUUUAUUCAUAUGCUUCUAUGUCAACACUUCUACACUCUUAAAAACCAUUUUGUCUCUUAUUCCCUAUAUGUAAUCCUUCCAGAUAGUAUUUUAAGACAUUGUAUAAAUUCUAUGCUUUUUAAUUCUACAAGUGGAAGAAAAUCUGGCAUCAACAUUGUCUGAUGACUUAAGUGUUUUCUCAAAGUUUCUUUAAUCUUCAGAAUUGCCUUUGUACCUUGAGUGAAAGCACUGUGUUCUCAGCUCUUAUAAUCCAAAUAAGAAUUUUCUUUAGGAGUAUAGUUGGUUUGCAUUCCAUUUAUUUUACUCUUAUUGGCUGCAGGUAUUACCUAGAGGAUGGAAAAACAGUCUAGGAAAUCACCCUUCCCUCGCCUGUGUAUGGAGAACUGAAGAUUCUAUACAGUGUUGUGUUUUUUUUUGAAUACAGUUCAGGAGACACUGUCAACAUGAAUGCCACUGACAAUGGGGUCAGUAGUCUCUGCGCAAUAUGUGGAGACCGAGCGACUGGAAAACAUUAUGGUGCUUCAAGCUGUGAUGGAUGCAAGGGGUUCUUUAGGCGCAGUAUACGGAAAAAUCAUGUCUAUACAUGCAGAUUUAACCGGCAAUGUAUUGUUGACAAGGACAAAAGGAAUCAAUGCAGAUAUUGUCGUUUAAAAAAGUGUUUUCGAGCAGGAAUGAAAAAAGAAGCUGUACAAAAUGAACGGGACAGGAUAAGUACAAGAAGAAACACUUUUGAUGGCUGCAACAUCCCCUCUAUUAGCACACUGUCACAAGCUGAGACACUCUCCCGUCAGAUCUCAAUCUCCAGUCCCGGUGCUAGCACUGAUAUAAAUGUUAAGAAAAUUGCUGGUAUUAGUGAUGUCUGUGAAUCUAUGAAGCAACAACUUUUGGUCCUGGUGGAAUGGGCUAAAUAUAUUCCAGGCUUCUGUGAAUUACCACUGGAUGACCAGGUUGCCUUGCUAAGAGCACAUGCUGGGGAGCACCUGUUGCUUGGGGCAGCAAAACGGUCCAUGGCAUAUAAGGACAUUUUACUUUUAGGCAACAAUUACAUAAUCCAUCGCAACAGUACCGAAGUAGAGAUCAGCCGAGUGGCAAAUCGGAUUCUAGAUGAAUUAGUCCGACCCUUCCAGGAAAUUCAUAUAGAUGACAAUGAGUAUGCUUGCUUGAAAGCGAUCGUGUUUUUUGAUCCAGAUGCAAAAGGCCUGAGUAAUCCAAUGAAGAUUAAGAACAUGAGGUUCCAAGUCCAAAUCAGUUUAGAGGAUUAUAUUAAUGACCAUCAGUAUGACUCCCGAGGAAGAUUUGGAGAACUUCUGCUUCUACUGCCUACACUCCAGAGCAUCACUUGGCAAAUGAUUGAGCAAAUACAACUGGUUAAACUCUUUGGAAUUGUUAAAAUAGACAGUUUGCUUCAAGAAAUGUUACUGGGAGGUACUUCUAAUGAUGCCAGUCAUCUACAUCAUCCAAUACAUCCUCACUUAGCCCAAGAUCCAUUAACAGGCCAAACUAUCCUUAUAAGUUCCAUGUCUGCUCCUGUACAUACGGAACAGAUUUCAACUCCAGAAACUCCAUUACCUUCCCCUCCUCAAGGGUCUGGGCAAGAAUAUAAAAUGUCUGCAAAUCAGACUUCAGUUAUUGCACCACAAUCAAUUUUGAAACAAAAACCAUUGUGAUAAUGUUUCUGUUUCUGCCUUACUUGUCCUUCCUUC